UAAUGUUUACCGAGUAACCCUAUUAUGAGGCAAAAGUAUUCUUAAAAUCAUACAAUGAUGCCCUUUCCUGUUUGAGGUAUUUUCUUAUUUAAAGAAUUUAAAUAGAGAAGCAGCUGAAUACAAGGCUCAUGUUGAAUUUUAAGAGCAUGCUCUUUAAUCCCUUGCAAAUGCUCGCACAAGAUAAGAAGUAAUAAAAAUACAUAAAAUAGCUUGAUGUGAGAGAUGGUUAAGUUGUACCUGGACUUAAUUUUGCUUAAUCUAAAUCAACUAAGCUCUUCUAAUUUUCUAAGUAUAACUUUUACAUUUUAAUACAGUCAUGUGUUUUCCAAGUACUUAAAGGGAUUUGAGGAAUACACAGGCAAUUUUAAGGGCUUCUAAUAGAUUCUGAGCGAUGGUCUUAAGAAGAUGAAGUCAGAUGUAAAAUGAGAUAUGAUCAAUGAAAUUAUAUUAUUAUAUCAACAAAGAUAGUAUUAAUAUUGAAAGCC